UCUCCGUACAUUUCUCAAAUAUCCACACCUACUUCAAUCCUGUCUAAGCGUGUAUCAAUUAGAUUAGCUGGUGUAAAUAAAUAUAAAGAUUAUCCUUACACCAAAUUCAAAUUCUUUUCAACUGAUACCGAAAAUGAUAUUCAUCAAGAAAUCUCGAGGGCGUUUUCUGUAGAAAGGUUUUCUUUAGUCAAUGAAAAAGAAGAUUGUAUCAUUACUGGAAGUUGGUAUUCGUUAGAGGAUAAUACCACUUAUAGUCUUAUCAAACGAGAUAGUACGGAUGCAAAGAAAAAUUGGCCUGAAACUGAUGAGAAUGAGAAUCUUGCUGAGGAUGAUAUAUGUAAUGCUAAGAAAGCGCGUUCCAACCGCGCAUCUAAAAGAACUAAAUUCGAAACUUCUGACGAUAUGAAAAUUUCCAGUGUUAUUAACGACAUCCAAGUCUUUAAACCUAUUAUUAAAAGUAAUAUUGAUCUCACAACUAUUUCAGAGUUUGUUUCAAUAGAUUCAACCUUUUCUCCUGGAACAUCUGCUACAGCAUAUAUUGAAGUCGAUCGACUGCUUUCCCUGCUUGAAAAGAAAAAAACUAAAAUUGAUUGCAUAUUACAAUCACAGCAUGUAUAUGCGUUUGAAGUUAUAGAAAAAUUAGUAGCACCUACUGAUCCAGAUGUGAAUAAUAGCAAUAGUGCACAAGGAUCAUCUAGCAGUAACGAUACAUCUCCUCCUGGAAAUAAUGUUCAAAACGGAUCAUUUAGUAGCGAUGAUACAUCUCCUUCUGGAAAUAGUGCACAAACUGGAUCAUUUAGCAUAACAUCAGCUAGCAGAAUUGUUACUAGAGAAAAUUUAGAAAUAUUUCAAGAAUUUGACAUUGUUGCUGCUAUCUGUGCUAAUGUUACCCAGAAACAACCGAAGAUUUUAGAAUUUUUUGUUGAUGUAAAAGAUUGUGGAAUGGGGCCUAUGCUAAGUGAAAAUUCAUCACUUCACAAGUUGGGUCUUGGUUAUUUUCUUGACUCUGUUAUAAUAGAAGUCUCUCCAGCCGCACGUCACAAUCGUAUGAUAAUAUGGAAGGCUGUUACUCAACCAGAGCAACAAAACAGGGUUACUAAGGUUUCUACAAGUCAUGAGAAAAGCAAAGGGAUUAAGGGACAAGUCAGUGGAACGGGAAUUAAAAUGGGAGUUAGUUAUGAUAAAAAGAAGAUGCUCAACACUGAAAAAAUGGGAUAUGAGUGGGAAAUAAAGCUCGACGGAUGUUUAACAACCGGAGUGCGCUGGUCAUACUUUCGUGAGGAUGAUAGCUAUACAAAUAAUUUUGCUCCAAGUAUUCAUACUGGAAAGUGGCAUAUUUUAGACAAGAUGAAUGGGUUUACUAUAAAAAUUACACAAGUAGUCGAUUUUAAAUUUUCUUGUAAGAAUUGGAUCAAGAAACCAAAGUUGAUAAAACAAUGCCCGAAGAUGGCUCAUGUAUUGAAAAUAUCCUUUGACAACCUUAAUAAUUUUGAUGAAUAUUUUGAAGAACUUAAUACAACACACUAUGAACAAAAUGAUCUUAUUUAUAAUUUAAAAAAUAAAGACUUUCAUAAUGAAGAUACACGACAACAAGAAGGCAUAAACGAUUUUACGGUGACCCGUUCAUUUUUGAAACGAAAUGAAUAA